AUGGCGCGAGUAGAACUCGGACGCCGUGAUCAGUGGAAGACUCUCGGCGAAGGGCAUGCCCGCGAACUUGCGGUCAUGUCAGGGACCAUUCGAGGGGCAGUCAUACGUCACGGCCUACGCGGAAUGAUUGGCCAGUACCCUCUGAUAUCUGCUGUCUUCGCUUCGGGGAUCUUCUUCUUCAUUCUCUUCAUCGGACUGGUGGUGUGUCUCAUGCCGAUCGUGGAAUGGCACUUCCCUUCGGAAUCUGAAGAAGCUCGACCCAUGGAACCUGAAGACAAACAGCGAAAGCGCAAACGAUCACGCCGUCCCGAAGGAGAGACUAGGUCGAAGAUACCGGCCACAGGAAGGAGAGAAGGCAGUAGUAGUUCUCGGUCACGACAGAGAGACCAAGAGGUCAAGGCAGAGGCUGAAGAAGCGUGGGAGUAUGCACCCGUGGCAUCCAUAGGGACGGCCCCUGGCACGACUGCUAUCAGGGAGACGUCUGCUCGGAGAAGAACGUCACGGCAGUCCGACGAGUACGAGCAAUAG